CCGCACGCUUCGCGCAUGCGCCGUGCACGAAUAUCAAUAUGAAAAGCGGUAUACUUUUGUAGUUCACUGGUUUAAGCAGCAACAAAACAUGUAGUUAACAAUGGCAAUCCUAAAUAUAUAACAGUACAGAAUUUUUUAUAUCGCUACCAACACAUUGUACAGUUACGUAGUAAGUCAACAAACAACUGGUGCAUUGGUUAACGCAAUCCGCGAUACAGAAUAUAUGAAGCGCAAACCUCAAACCACUGUAUACCGUGCAGGGAUUAGUAGAUUUUUUUUUUCUAUAGUUCAUGUGUGAAUCAGUGAAUCAAUUAGCCCUCACUACCUCAAACACGGGCGCCUUAAGACCGCGCGCCGCUGCCGUCCUAACAAUUCUCUUGUGACCGUAGAACCAAGCCAAGAAAGUGCCUUAAUCAGUGAUAAGAAUUAUAAGAUAAAGUGCCACCACUGCCGCUGGACACUGCCAGACGCCGCGAGUGGCAACGCCAUUUCGACACCGUCGAAUACCAGAAUCGGCAGAAGUUCCAGUAACAAGACAUUCUGCUGAAAUAAAACAGUUAUUAAAUAACCAACGAGUAGGAAUCUCGUCUAUACCUACACAAUCUACACAAACAUCUGUAGACUCUAUAGAUUCCUCAAAUCGGAGGCGAUCUUCGUCUGUAAACUCUCGACCUACUCCACGUUCUGAAGAGGAAAUCAAACCUUCAAAACCAAAAGAUCCAAGGAGAUUGGUCGAUAGAAAAACAGAUCAGCCGUCGACCCGAGAUGACCCUAACUUCAAGACAACUAGUGCUUGGCACGUGCAAUACCAUACAAUAAGUGAGCAGUCGUUGGAUCAUAUAUCAACCAGUGGGCUAUUAACACCGGAAUUUUAUUCACCUGCUAAAAAGGUACGGAUUUCUGAUAAUCCUGGAGUACAUAGACUACACCGUUCACUUUCUCUUGAAUCGCUUAAGAGCGUAGCUGCGUUUAAACCAAGUCCUUCCAUCAAACGAGAACGUUCUAAUAGUACACCACGUGGGAUACCUGCUGUACGCCAGUCGCCCCAUAGACAUGCCCUGGCGUCAUCUAUACCCAUAGAUUCUGGUCUAUACGAAGAUUACAUAACUGUAGCAUUUCGAGAUUCGUAUUUGGACAGCGAAGUUUGGGAAGGCUGUUUUGGAAGACCGUUAGUGAAAGCAUUCUCUGGACGCCGCUCCCCUACAGAUUCAGCAUAUCGCGUAAAAGCAAAACAUGGUGAUAACAAACGCUCAUCUUCUUGUGAUAGCUUAUACCUAAGUUAUAAACCGGAGGCAACAGAUUUUGAUGACCUCUUUGAACCUGAUCCUUCAUUUGAUUUAAAAUCUUAUCCUUCCGAUAGAAACCUUUAUGGCUUGAACAGAGAGCAGGCUUCAACAAGCGGAACUUAUCCUUCGAAUAAAAAUCAAUCAUUUUCAAGACAAAUUGUUAAAGAUUACGAGGAAAAACGUGGACAGAAGAAGGGCAAGAACAAUUGCAGCCACCAACCUAUGGGGAGAAUGAAUCCCUUGGAGGACCACGAAAGAAAAGUCAUCAUCGAGUUCUGCCAUUUGCUGGAGAAGUCUAAACAACUAUUCAACGGUUUGAGGGAGCUGCCGCAGUACGGUCAUAAGCAAUGGCAUUCAUACUUCGGUCGGACGUUCGAUGUGUACACAAAAUUGUGGAAAUUCCAACAGCAACAUCGAGCUAUACUUGACAGCAAAUACGGUCUAAAGAGAUGGCAGAUUGGCGAGAUUGCAUCUAAAAUUGGUCAACUGUAUUAUCAUUUCUAUCUCAGAACAAGUGAAACGGCUUACCUCAAUGAGGCUUUCUCGUUUUACUACGCUAUUAGAGGGAGGUGCUACUACACGAAGGCCUGUAAGGAAGACAAAUGUGAAUUGAUGGUGAAGAAACUAAGAUAUUACGCCAGGUUCAUUGUAGUGUGCCUGCUUCUGAAAAAGAUUAAGCUAGUGCGAGAAUUGAUCAAGGAGCUAGAUAGACAAAUAAUCGAGUAUGGGAAUACGUACGAUCCGGAUGAUCAAAUUGAAUGGACCGUUGUGGUGGAUGAGGUUAAAGCUUUCAUACAUGCGGAGCCUGUCGUUACUGUCAUCCAUCCUGAUAAUUAUCCCGUUAUUCUAUCGCACAGACUUAGCUCAAUAACAACACCGCCUGUGGAACGAUCACCGCAAAUGACAUUGUCUCUUCAAGAGGUACUAAUCAUUGGAAGCAGCUCACAGCAGGUCAAAUUCUCUGAACUGACAAUGGACAUGUUCCGGAUGCUGCAAACACUGGAGAGGGAGCCUUCUGGCGAGAUACAGCACAUGUACGACGAUUCACCCCGUCAGAGGUUUAUAUCAACUCCUAGCGCACCCACCAGUAAAGGAUAUAACAUAGAAAAUGGGCCCAGGCGUGACAACCCACAUAAGUACCUUCUGUUCAAACCAUCUCCCAGCCAAGUGCUUGUGUACCUGGCGAGCGGAUGCAACGACCUGCCACCCAACGGUGCUCUGCUACUCUACAUCUCGGCCGAUGGCCAGAUUGUGCAGCCGUCGAAACAUCCUGAGGACGUCGGCUACGAUAUUGGUGGUUUGAUCACCACAUCCAAACACGACAUCUACAGAGAAUGCAACAAAGAUUCGAAGACCCCACCGUCGUCGAAGUACAAGGAGCUUCAAUGCCUCCACCCAGGCGAUCUGUACCCCUUCACCAGGAGACCGCUUUUCAUCAUCAUCGAUUCUGACAACUCUUACGUCUUCCAACACAUCCCGAGGCAUUUUGGGCAGCCCCUCGUCAUUCUGAUGUCUCCAUUGGAGUUGCCGUCACCCUUCCAUGACCGCAGACAACAGGGCAGCUUGUUCACCCUGUUCCUGCACUCGCCACUCACAGCGUUCAGUUACUGCUGUGACAUCCACAACCUAUCGCUGGUGCACUGGGAUCGUGCACAGAUCUACAUAGACACGUUCAUGGCUGAAGCAUCGCAACUAGUAACUAGGAGCCGAAUAGAUAUAAUGUACAUCGCAUUCAUGGGUGAUGACUUCCUUCGACUGCUGCUCCUAAGAUUCAUCUUCUGUGAGGUGACACUGCGCAUGCAUCGAGCGUUCCGUGCGCGCACGCAUCUGACACGUGCCGCUCCACCGCUGCCCGAUGACCUUCUGGAGCAUCCUGCUCUUGUACAUAUUGUGAUGGACUUGGCAGCGCAUUUACAAGUACGCGCACACUUCCACGAUCCAUCUACCGCCGGACCGCCAUCCACCAAGGAAUGAUCCAGAGUAUCCACUGUCUCAUUUGCCGAGGAAUGAAUUAUCCAAUAUAUAUUUUUAUAUACUGCUCUUGCGGUCCUGUUAACAAAAAAAUAUCGCUUCUAUUCGCUUGUAACAAAGUAUAUUCUACACCAGCAACAAAAUUAUCAAUUUAUCCAAUUAAAUGUAGCAAAAAUUCUAUUAUCAUAUUGUAAACAAAUGUAGAUGCCUUUCAAACAGUACCUUCACACGGUACCUUAGCAAAGCUUACAACAAUCAAAGUAGACGAAUUAAUAGU